UUGAACAGCGCGAGCCGAGACAGAGCUCUAGAAAGGCAGAUAGAGAGAGGGCAGAGGCAACGGCCCUCUUCUGGAGGGGGGGCUUAUUAUAACAAAUAUAUACACACAUGUGUGAACUGUUUGGCCGCACGAUAGGUCAUAUGUGGAUAACAGUUAUUUUAGAAAAGCAUACAACCGCGGCUUUACAUUUAAAAUGCCUAUUUUACUUUUCCUGUUAGACACGUCCGCCUCUAUGAAUCAGCGCACUUAUUUGGGUACGACGUAUCUGGACGUUGCUAAAGGCGCGGUUGAGGUCUUUAUGAAGCUGCGUGCCCGAGACCCGGCUAGUAGAGGCGACAGGUACAUGCUAGUUACAUUCGAUGAUCCACCAUACGGAGUGAAGGCAGGCUGGAAGGAGAACCAUGCCACCUUCAUGUGCGAGCUGAAGAACCUGCAGGCCUCUGGGCUGACUACACUAGGUCACGCUCUGCGCACAGCCUUUGACCUGCUUAACCUCAACCGCCUUGUGUCAGGCAUAGACAACUAUGGACAGGGACGUAACCCCUUCUUCCUCGAGCCAUCUGUGAUCAUCACCAUCACUGAUGGGAACAAGCUUACACACAGCUCUGGGGUGCCAGAUGAGCUGCACCUGCCUCUGAACUCUCCUCUGGCAGGCAGUGAGCUGACCAAAGAGCCCUUUCGUUGGGACCAGCGUCUGUUUGCACUGGUGCUGAGGCUGCCAGGAGCAGCAACACCAGACAACGAGCAGCUCGGCAGCGUCCCCACAGAUGAAUCUGCUAUUACCCAGAUGUGUGAAGUCACUGGAGGGCGAUCAUACUGUGUACGGACACAGAGAAUGUUGAACCAGUGUCUGGAAUCUCUGGUCCAAAAGGUUCAAAGCGGCGUUGUCAUUAAUUUUGAGAAGACAGGACCAGAUCCGCCUCUCGUUGGGGAAGAUAACUCAGUGGAGUCAAGUCGUCCUGUGUCAUCCUUCAACCCACAGCCAUGGCACAGCUGCCACAAACUCAUCUACGUGCGGCCAAACCCAAAGACUGGUGUGCCAGUCGGGCAUUGGCCCAUACCAGAGUCCUUCUGGCCGGACCAGAAUUCUCCUACACUGCCACCUCGCUCUGCUCAUCCCAUGGUGCGUUUCUCUUGUGUGGACUGUGAGCCCAUGGUGAUUGACAAACUUCCCUUUGACAAGUAUGAACUGGAGCCCUCUCCACUCACCCAGUACGUUCUGGAAAGGAAGUCUCCACACAUGUGCUGGCAGGUGUUUGUCAGCAGCAGUGGGAAGCAGAAUGACCUGGGACAGCCAUUUGGCUACCUUAAAGCCAGCACCACUCUCACCUGUGUCAACCUGUUUGUCAUGCCAUACAACUACCCAGUCCUUCUCCCACUCCUCGAUGAUUUGUUUAAAGUGCACAAACUAAAACCAAACCUCAAGUGGCGACAGGCCUUUGAGAUGUACCUGAAGACAAUGCCCCCGUACUACCUCUUGCCCUUAAAGAAGGCAUUGAGGAUGAUGGGCGCGCCCAAUCUUAUUGCAGACACCAUGGACUGCGGCCUGAGUUACAGUGUUAUCUCAUAUCUGAAGAAGCUCAGCCAGCAGGCAAAGAUUGAAUCAGAUCGUUUAAUCGUGUCUGUGGGGAAGAAGGCUCCUCAAGAAACUGGCAUAAAGGUGAAGAACCACUCCAGCUCUCUUUCUCUGGCCCAUCGGAGAGACUUCAAGCAGCUGCUGCAGGGAAUCACUGGGGAAGGGCCACUUCGACUAGUGGACAUCAACUUCAAAGAGUUCGCCGGCUUCCAGAUCGCUCUGCUCAACAAGGAUGUAAAACCUCAAGCUUAUCGAAACGCCUACGACAUCCCAAGACGGAAUCUUCUGGAUCAGCUCACCCGCAUGCGUUCUAAUUUGCUGCGGACGUCACAGAAACUGAUCCGAGGGCAAGACGAAGACUAUCUGCACAGUAUUCCAGUGGCUCAGAUGGGAAACUAUCAGGAGUACCUAAAAAUGAUGCCAUCUCCUCUGAGAGAGAUUGACCCCGACCAGCCUAAACGUCUGCACACAUUCGGGAAUCCUUUCAAGCAGGAUAAGAAGGGCAUGAUGAUUGAUGAGGCAGAUGAGUUUGUAGCGGGCCCUCAAAAUAAGAAAAGAGGAAAUUCCAAUGAUUCCAACUCCGGUGCUACUAUGAAGAGAAGACGAAGUAUGUCCCCGUUGCUGCGGCGGCCACAGACUCCACCAGGAAACACCAACCAUGUGGUGGUGGGAAAGAGUCCGGUCGGGGUUCAAGGGCAGCAGAACCUCAUCAAACCUGUCCCACAGCACAAAGGAGUGGAUGGCAACAACGCGACAGUUCCUGAGAGCAAUGGUGACGGGGUUCUUGGACCUGAGCUGGGGGAGAUGUGGCCUGCUGAGAUGGACCCCGCGGCAGGAAACCCAUCAUCACUGACCCUGGAGGAGAAGGCCGGGGUGGGAGCGGUGGAUCGGGGAGAGGACAUCAACAUGACAGAGGAGAGACUAGUGGAAGAUUGUCUAGAUGAGCAGCCGCUGGAGGAGAAACACAACUGUGAACGUCUCAGUCCGCAGAGCCAGCUAGAGGGCUCCGAAGCUGACCCUGCAGGGCUCGAGACCAUUUUCAUAGCCCCGCUAGACGGAAGCCAAGCGGAGCUGCGGACACGGGUCAUAAAGGAGGUCCGCAAGCCUGGACGAAACUACCAGGCAAUACUUUCAUUACUGCAGCAGGUGAAAGGACCACUUAAUGUGCAAAGGUACUUCAUCCAACAUGCUAUCAAAGAGGCUGUCAGGUUCAAGAAGCGGGUACUGAUCCAGCAGCUGGAGUUGGUCCUUGCUGAGCUGGAAGAGAAGCACGCAGCAUCCUCACAGCUUCCCAACAAUCAUGGCAGAUAGUGAUGGAGCCAUCUUUGCUGUGUUACUGAAGUAUAUUUGUUGACUGUUGAAUAUCACCACCAUAAAAGUGAUGUCCCUGUUGACUGGCCUCAAAAAGACAAACUGGGUAAAGGACAAAUGCACUGAGAACAGACGCUCCUACUGACCUUGUGCUGUUACAUCACAUCCUGUUAGAGGUGGAGGAUAAGGGGUUUAACCAGAGGGAGGGGGCUUCAGCCCACAUAAAUAUAAUCCUCUUCAUAUUGACAGAUGCCUUAAACAUCCGUAUGGCUCCGUAUCGGCACAUUGUUCAGAAGACACACGCACGCACACACACACACACACACACACACACACACACACACACACUCCGUUAGACACACAGUAAGCCGACAGAUUCUUUAAUGGCAGAGCAAAGGAUGGACAGGAUUAUUCCUGUUAAUGUUAUUCUUUAAAAACAGACCUUUCUUCAGCUGGUCUGAAAAGUGUUUGUAAGACUGCAACCAUUUUUCCUAGAGUAAUAAAAUUAAUGUAGCCGUAUGGCUGAUGGGAGAAAUCUGUUCCAGCCGGGUACCCCUCAUAUUUUAAGUGUUAUAUCUGCAUAAAGGAUGCACAGAUGUUUUUUUGUUCGUUGAAACUGUUAACUGAUAUUUUCCUGUUCUUACUGGUUGAUGUUGAAAUGCAUUAGUAUUAGGGGUGAGCAAAAUGGAUAAAAUCUGUGAGGGUAUAUGCAAUUUUAUAUUGCUGUAGCAAUACGACUGUGAUAUCACUUUUCUGGACCUUUAAUUGAGAAACCACUGAAAGAUAAAAUGGCCAAUGUCAAUGAAUACCUGACAAAUCAAGCUAAUGCGUCACAUUGAUACAAAAAUACUGAACAUCCAAUGUUUCAUAUUAAAGGAAUACUUACCCCAGUAUAAUGGUAAAGCAAAAAUGUUGAAUGGUAGACAAAUUUCUCUCAUCUCAUGUGACAGUUGCCGUUUUGCCCACUCGUAAUUCAUGAAACCUUCACCUACACCUGUCUUUAGGUCAUUAAGUCGCUUUUAAAUGUCUAAACUGGGCCCAUUUUGUUCCUAAUUUGACAGUUGUAUUGAAAUGCUCUUGGAAGCAAACUUCACACAGUCAAGCUUUUUUAAAACUGAAAUCGAUGAAUAUAGUAUACAGAAGUGUUAGUAUUAUGCACAUUAGUGUCUUGGACUGGAAGUGGACUCAUUGUGUCUGAGCAUCAGUAUCCUCGUACCUGCCAUUACAGCAAUAGAACAUGGAUUCAGUGUAUGCAGCUGUUGGUAUCCAUUUAGAGGUACCCCCCUCCAAUCCCACCACCCCAUCCCCCACCCCUCCCAACACACACACACACACACACACACACACACACACAAAUCUCUCUCUACAGCACAACAAACACUCCAUUGAUUCCCAGAAUUCCAAGUUUAUUCCAAGGAAUUUCAGCAUCUGUCCGGGCUGAGUGGACGGUCACCUGUUGUUGGACUUUAACAGCUGGUAAUCUGCCCCCUGCUGCUUUUUACAUGAACCCCAGUCAGCGCUCCUCCUUUGUUUUCUCCUUGUUUUUUUACGACAGAUGUACACUACUUUUUAAUGUUCAUAAGGAAUAUAGAUUAUUUUUGUGAAUUUGUUUAUUUCAGAGUAUAAGAAAUAUUUUGAAAGAAAAUGUUAACGCCAAUUUUGUACACUGUUAAAUACAUAUACAAAGUGUAAAGUUUUAACUUACUCUUUUUUUAACAAAACAAAAAAAUAAACCACAGGUAGAAUGGUAUCUACUGUCAGUGUGUGUGUUUCUGCUUAGAGAUGACAUUCAACAGCCUUCAGAUGUUUUAUAUCCAGGCAUACAACAGUUAGGGUUUUUUUUUUUUUUUAAGUUUCAUCUUCUACAAACAGAUCCACAUGUUUUAUCUAGAGAUGUCUAAACUGAAUCUGACCUACAUUCACAGCAUGUUGGAACACAACAGAGGCUGGAAAUCAUUAGCUAAUGUUGUAAAAUCAGCUUUUCGUCACUAUUACAAAAUCAGGAAUACUUUAUAUCUUUGCUUUGUGUCUGCAUAAAAAUCUGUGGUAAAACCUUGAUUUUGGACUGAGCACAUACAACACCAGGUUUUAUAAGUAACCCUUGAGUGUGAACAAGUGUCUACAGACAAAGGAAUGGUUUUGCUCAACACAGAGUACACCAUCAAUAACAGCAAUAUCUACUUGCAGGCCCUUGUCACCAGUUGCAUUAUGUGUUUAUGUGUGUGUAGAUUAAUAUGUUGUGGAGGGGGAGCUGUCUGAAAGCUGUAGGGGCUGUCCCACAGUGCAUAGGUACUUUUUGUGUGAUUUUGUCCGCUGGUUGUGACCAGUUUAACCAAAGCCUGUUUUUCCCCCUUUUUUUAUGUAACUCCUUUUUAAAAGCCUGAGGGGAAAAAAAUAAGCGAUUCACAUGAGAAAGAAAAGUUUUACUGCUUCCCUAUCUGUUUAAUCAACUUGUGGCCUCUAAGAUUUAUCUUGUGACCCACUGGGACCACACAGCCUAUUAAAAAAAACAACACUUUCCUAAACCCUCCAACCAAAAAGAGAAAUGGACUCUCUUCUGUACUAUGCUCAAUAUAAAAAAAAAAAAACUAACUAGAAACUGUCUUUAACAAAACAGCAUUUCAGCAGUCAUCCUUUUAGAUGCAUUUCAUUUGGUGGAUCAAUAAAUCAACCAGACAUGAUAUAUAUUCUUACUAUCUGAAAUCUGAAACUAAAUUAACCUCAAAUGUGUUUAUUCCAAACGAAACAACAUUCCGUUGAAACUAUUAAAGAGAUGGAUAUAAAACACUUGCCCCUGCUGUAAACAUUUAACAGUUUUAACUUGUUACAGCUUGAAAAGUUUCCUGGAUAACUCAGGCUGAAAGUUCAGCCUCUGCUGACACCUAGAGGCCAACAUGAACAACUGCAGGUUUUUUUCAUCAGGUGAAAUCUUUUGUGGUGCAGCAUUCCAGCAGCAAGGUCACACUCUCAGUCCAUGUCGGCAUGCAGUCAUUAUUAGUGACUUGAUAGCAUCAGCAUUUAUAACCAAUUUCAUAACAUUUACUAAAAAAAAUAAAAAAUAAGAUGGAAGGACAGUAAAUGAUUGAUGCAUUUCUGUUUUUUUUAUUAACAGUCUGCAGAAAUUUAAUGGCUUUUGCCUGGAGGGAGGAAACAUUCAGCCCCUGAAUGAGCUAAGGCAAAAAAAAUUAAUAAGAAAUAAAAAGAUUCUGACACCUUGUAAAAUCAGUAUGCCUUUUAUUAAAUCAAAAACAAUCUGUUGAAUCUUAACAAAAUGUAAAAUGAAGGAAAAAUAAACUUCACCCAAAUGAAUGUACCAUUACGUUCUACUUUUCCUUAGUGUUCACAGUAUCAUUAGAACAGCUGUCUAAUGUUUUCUGCUCUCACAUUUCUCACCUUGAACUGAUUUCCAGUGGCAUAAGUCAAACCUCUUUAUUGCAUACAGGAUGUACAGAUGAGCCUUUAUGCUUCUAGGAAAUCAUCAAGGAAAUAAAGGGUCCUUGGUUCAUACAACAAAACUCAUUUCUGCUGACAAAAAAAAUCUGCCCAGGCAGCUGCUCAAGACUGAUGUGUGGUUGAAAUGAAACAGUAACUAAACAGACAGUUUUAUGCCCCUCAUACAAAGGACAGCAACAUCCCAAUUCAGUUCAGAAGGGACAAAAGGGGGGGGGGGGGUCUCAG